CACUUUUAGAUCUCUACGGUCAAAAACACACCCAAUCAUUACACACGCACCCUUUGCCAACAUGAAGGCGGAUAGGGGAGCCCCUGCCAUUGAAAUACAAGAAUACAACUUGUGAUUUCAAGAGGUAGCGAAUCCCAUUGCCUACGAAAAUAGAUGCGACACCGAAUUAAUAUUUUGGCCCUGCAGAAUGUCCAAGAUAAGGCGGAGGGUAACAGUGGAGAAUUCUAAAACCAUAUCUGACAGCAGCAGUAGCCAGACCACCACCACCCCGUCUCGCCGGCCCAGCGUGUUUGAAAGACUUGGCCCCAGCACUGGUAGUAAUGCUGUCGAGGUGUGUACCUCUACACCUGCAUCUAACCCACUGACAGAUACAACACAUGCAUGUCCAGAGAAGACUAAUUGUAGAAAUUGGUUGAAGACUGGGAAUUGCAGUUACGGCAAUACUUGUCGCUACACACAUGGAACUCAGCCACGAGGCAAAGGAUUUAGUGGAUCUUUUAGCAGGUCAGCGGAGAGACCAACUGGCGAUCUGCGAGAGAGGAUGAAGAAUAAGAGGCAGGAUGUUGAAUCAGAUGCUACAAAGAGAGACCCAGAGGAGCCUACGUCCCCCACAGCCAGACAGCGAGACUCGUCCCGAGGCCGCCACAGGGAGAAGGAAGAUAUAAAAAUCACUAAAGAGAGAAGCCCUGCCAGCGAAGAAGAGACCACCGAGUGGGAAGCCAACCGCGAAGACUCGGAUAACGGCGACUACGACUACGAAUUAUCCCUAGAGAUGAAGAGACAGAAGAUUCAGCGGGAGCUCAUGAAGUUGGAGCAGGAGAAUAUGGAGAAAAGAGAGGAGAUUGUUAUCAAGAAAGAGGAGCCGACCACCAAAACUAGGACCACUAUCAUAUCAAAGACAUCCCCGGAGCGUUCCAGCUCGAAAGGUUCCCCCUCCUCCAGGAAGUCCAGUGGAUCUCCCAAACACACUAAAGGACCUAAAGCUUCCGGUUCUAGGAAGAAGGAGAAGAAGACCUCUGUGUCGUCCUCUGCAUCCGCCACGGCCAGAUCUUCCAAGGGGGGCCACGGGAAGAAGAAAGGUCCCCGCACCCCCAGCCCCCCUCCUCCGGUGCUUCCGCUGGUGAACCCUGUCGUGGCAGCCGGGGGGAAGAAACACAAGGGGAAGCACAAGAACAAGGAGAAGUGUGAGGAGAAGCCGCCCAAGGAGGGAAAGGAGAGGGGGAGAGACGUGGAGAAACACAAGGAGAAGAAGGAGAAACGCAGAGACCGGUCAGACAGCUCCCACAAGGCCAAGCGGUCAGUGAUGUCUGAGGAACGAUCCGGCAGCGUGUCCUCUCUUUCCAGAGACCGAGAGGCGUCCCCGUCAGCCAGGAAGAACAAGUCCACCUCCCCAAAAGUAGCCUCCCAGAAGACCCUUGCGCCUGCCUCCCCACCUCACAGGUCUCCCCCUCCCCGCCACAAGCGCACCCCCACUCCGCCCCGCCACCACUCCCCCUCCUCCCACUCUGGCUCCUCAGCCCAGAGACACUCUCCUUCCCCCCGCCGACGCCGCUCGGCAUCCCCCGCCUACAACCGCGAUCCCCCAGCCGCCUCCUCACCUCCUGGCCAGAGGUGUUCCUCCCGCUCCCCUGCAGCCUCCCGGGACACCUCCUCUCCUCAGAGGAGGACUAGCCCCGGAGGACGAAACCACUCUCGGGGGCGUGAGAGAGGACGCAGCGAGAGGGGGAGGAGCCCACCUGCCCAGGAGAACCGACACGAGCGUCGAGACGAGAGCCGCGGGAAGCGAGAGAAAGACGGUACCCGUGACGACCGGGACUACGAGGUGGCAGAGACGAGCUCUUCUCGUGAUGCCGCCCGUGAGGACCGGGAGACAAAAGAGGGGCGAGAGCGCCGGGGUGACGGGCGCAGCGACCGACGAGGAGACUCCACCAGUACCUCCAGGGACCCCACCAGGGAUAGAGACCGGGACACCAAGGACUCGACCCGGGAACCCAGAACCACAGAGACCACGUCAACACGCUCCGGACGAGACCCUCUGGAGUACAGGGACCGAGAACGGGAGAGGGAGCGAGAAAAGGAGAAAGAGAGGGAGCGGGAGAGAGGAGAGAGGGAGAAGACGGACAGGAAGGAGGAGGCUGUCCCGGAGGAGGGGAGGGGCUAUGGGAGGGGCCACGGGCGAGAGGAAGGAGGGAGGACUGAAGGGAGGGGGGAGACGAGGACAGAGAGUAGAGCUGAGAGACCUGGCAGGGGUAGGGGCCGCGAGGCUGACGCAUCUGACAAAGGCUCCACCCGGAAUGCCCGAGGCUCCCAGCUGGAGAGCGGUGGUCAUGACGGCUGGGAGUCACGUAGCGGCGGAGGCUUCCGUGAGAAGAGUGCGGAGAGGAGCACCGACCGUGGGGCGGAGAGAGGAGGCGCAGAGAGAGGAGGAGGCGCCGAAAGAGGAGGUGUCGACAGAGGAGGAGCGGAGCGUGACCGUUAUGACGGAGACAGGAGAGGAGGGGAGCAGGCGACUGGGAGAGACUCAUCCUACGACCGUAGAGGUGGUCACACCGACCGUGGUGACCGCAGAGAGAACAGGGAGAGAGACCAAAGAGCUUCCUCUCCUGGUCGGCACCCAGCCAGAGGAGAAGAGCCAGACAGGGAGGAGACCAGAGGGAGGGAUGAACGCAGAGGAGAGGAAAAGGGAGGGGACAGGCGAGAGGACAGGGCCCGAGAGAGGGAGCGAGAGAGGGAACGGGAAAGAGAGAAGGAGAGAGAAAGAGAGAAGGAGAAGGAGAGGGAGGCAGAGCGGGAGAGGGUUCGGGAGAGGGAGCGAGAGAGGGAGCGAGAGAGGGAAAAGGAAAGGGAGAGGGAAAAGGAGAAAGAGAGGGAAAAGGAGCGAGAGAGGGAGCGGGAGAGGGAAGAGAGGGAGCGGGAGAGGGAGGAGCGAGAUAGGGAGAGGAAGGAGAGAGAGCGGGAGAGGGAACGAGAGCGGGAGAGGGAGCGAGAGCAAAGAGAGAGGGAGAGGCAGCGGGAAUGGGAGGAGCGUGAGAAAGGAAGGGAUGAGCGACGGGAACGGACUAGGGAUGAACCAAGGGAUGACCGCUCUGUCCGAGACUCGCAUGAAGACCGCAAGACCAGCCGGAAGAGGCAUAGGGUAGAGACCACACCCAGCCCGACUCGCCCCUCUCCCAAGCGAGCAAGGGACGCCACCCCAGGAGACGGCGAGGAAUACAACAGCCCUGAGGAGAAAAGUGAGCGUUUGAUUGGUGGAGGUCAGCCCAAGGUCCGCCCCACCUCUGGCUCUGGCCCAAUCACCAUCCUCCCCGUCACAGUACCAGUGUGUCCUCCUCCUCCAGUGCUUGACAGUGUUGAGAAACACCGACUGUUGAGUCAGGUGGUACUCCCGCCCCAGGACCCCCUCCUGCGUUCCCCCCCCAGCACCUCUGUAGCGGAGGACGCCAAGCCCAGCCGCUGGAAGGACGAGGAGCGCCGUGGAGGCGGGGACAAGAGGGAGGGGAGGAGCCGCCGGAACGAGGAGGCCGACGCCCGCGGAGACAGAGGAGGAGCAGGCAGAGGAGGGGAGAGACGGGGGGAGCACCCCUCAGAUAGCAGUACCCCUGUCUCGGCCUCCGGCUCGGACUCUAGGAGGGGUAAAGAGAGGGACGGUCGGGAGCCCACCCCUCCCCCGCCUCCCGUGGCCCUGGUCACUGAGGACAGAGAUGCUCCAGUCCCGGCAGGUCAUGAGGAGGGCAAGAAGAAGACUAAGUCCCAGAAGAAAGGCCUGAAGAAGGGGAGGAAGGAGGAGGCUGUGGCAGGAGGUGUUUCAGGAGCUCCAGAGAGGUUCACCAACCCAGAGCCCCCCUCCUCCAUGGCCCUCUCGGACGGCCCCCCGCCCCCUCUCCUCUCUCCCCGCAAAGCGCCUAAGAAGAAGGCGCUGGACAAGAAGAGGAAACGAUCCCGUGGCGCUGAGUCGGACGCGUCUGAGGAGGAACCAGGCUCCUCCCAUCUUCCCCCGGGCAAGAGGAACAAGAGGGGUCCCCGGACACCCCCGCCCGCGCCAAAGGAGGCUCUGCUAUCCCAGAGGGCCAUGCCACAUUCAGUUGCAGAGCCCUUGCCACAGCCCGUCAAAAUGGACGCCAACUUCAGCGACUGGUCUGACGAGGAUGUGCUGGAGCGCGGUGGUGGAUCGGCUCCCGUUAAGGCACCCCCCACAGUCCCAACUGAGAGGACUCCGACCGAAGCUCUUCCCAGGAGAGGAGGUCCGAGGGGGGGCAAGGAGAGGUUGGAGAGGCCUGUUCCCCUGCCCAUCGCCCCUCUGCUGUCCCAGGACCCUCCCAUGUUACUCCAGACCCUGCCUCCCCAGCCCCUCAUGUCCCAGCCCCUGCUGAGGAAGCAUCCUCCGGAGCAGAAGAGGAGCAGCAGUAUGGGAAGCAACCAGAGCAGGGCCUCAUCCAGACGUCUCCGUUCUCCCUCCAACGAGUCAGCCCACAGAGAGGACCCUCAGCAGGGCCAAGGACCAGGCCGACCCAGGAGAGGACACCAGCUCCAGGGGGCCAACUCCCGAGACCGGGAACGAGAAAGGGAGCGAGAAAGGGAGCGAGACAGGGAAAGAGAGAGGGAGCGUGGUGAGAGAGAGAGGGGACCAGUGCUCACAGAGCCUCCAGUGGUGAGGGGAGAGGAGCGGAAGUCACGCAUCGACCAGCUGAGGAGAGGAGAGCCCAGUCGCAGCACCUCCUCAGACCGGCAGGACUCUCGCAGCCACAGCUCCAGACGUAGCUCUCCUGAGUCAGAGCGUCAGGUGCAGUCGCGGGCCGGGUCCUACGAUGGCCGAGAGCGUGAGAGGGAGAGAGAGAGGGAGCGGGAACAGUUUGAGAGGGAGCGUGAGCGCAAGGACCUCCGACAGCAACAGGGGCCUCCGGGGCCACUACCUCCUCUCCAGCAGCAGGGGCAGCAGAGAGACUGGGAGCCCGAGGGGCCACGGGAGUGGGGUGGGAGGGGCCGUGAACCCCUCCUCAUGCGUGGAGGCAACAGAGAGCGUGAUCUCCGUGACAUGCGGGGUGAGAGAGAGCGGCUUCUGCCCGAGGGUCUCCUGCAGCAGCACGAACGAGAGCGGGAAAGGGAGCGUGGUGGCAACAGGGGCAUUGGCCGCGGUGGCGACCAUGGCAACGACCGGGAGCGGGAGAGGAUACUGCUGAUGGACCUGCCGCCACAUGGGGACCCCAAGAACAGGAUGGAUAUGAGGGGAGACAGACCAGAUAUGAGGGGAGACAGACCAGAUAUGAGGGGAGACAGACCAGAUAUGAGGGGAGACAGACCAGAUAUGAGGGGAGACAGACCAGAUUUAAGAGGGGACAUGCGAGGAGAUAUGAGACCUGAUAUGAGGGGAGACAUUCGAGGGGAUAUGAGAGGAGACAUGAGAGGAGACAUUCGAGGAGAUAUGAGACCUGAUAUGAGGGGAGACAUUCGAGGGGACAUGAGACCUGAUAUGAGGGGAGACAUGAGACCUGAUAUUAGGGGAGACAUUCGAGGGGAUAUGAGACCUGAUAUGAGGGGAGACAUGAGACCCGAUAUUAGGGGAGAUAUUCGAGGGGAUAUGAGACCCGAUAUGAGGGGAGACAUUCGAGGGGACAUGAGACCUGAUAUGAGGGGAGACAUGAGACCUGAUAUUAGGGGAGACAUUCGAGGGGAUAUGAGGGGAGACAUUCGAGGGGACAUGAGACCUGAAAUUAGGGGAGACAUUCGAGGGGACAUGAGACCUGAUAUUAGGGGAGACAUUCGAGGGGAUAUGAGACCUGAUAUUAGGGGAGACAUUCGAGGGGAUAUGAGAGGGGGGCCAGAUAUAAGACCGGACAUAAGGCCAGAUCACAUGAGACCAGAUAUCAGGGGGCCGGACAGGGCUGAGUUCUCUCUCCUGCUCCCCCACGAAGCCUUGGGACACGGCGGCAUGGACCAGGACAAAGCAGGCAACAGCCAUCACCCUGUGGGAGGACAGAUACAGGAAGCAGAGAAACAGGACAGCGUUGCCGACGAAGAUGACGCGAAGGCGGAUGACGCUGUGUCGGUGGUGUCUGGCGGGGAGGAGUACGAGCCAAUCAGUGAUGACGAGUUAGAUGAGAUCUUGGCGGACAGCGCCCAGAAGAGAGAGGAUGGGCAGGAAGAAGAGAAGACGCCAGGUCCCCUGGAUGUGAUUGAUGUGGACUGGUCCAGCCUGAUGCCCAAGCAGAAGCAGGAGCCCCGGGCGGCAGGGGCAGCUCUGCUCCGGUUCACCCCAGGGGCAGUGCUCCUCAGGGCGGGCGUCUCCAAGCGGCUGGCUGGGCCCGAGCUCCUGGAAAGAGUCAGGGAGGUCUGCAAAAAGGAGCUGGACGACCCUAAAGAUGCUGACAAGCUGUUUGAGCACGACCUGGGUGCUCUGAACAAGGCAGCUCUGAACAGGAAGAUAGAGAGGGCAGGUCUGCUGAGGAACCUGGGCCCCUGCUGUAAGGCCCUCUGUGCCCGCAGGGACAUGGCCAUCAGACGGCAGCUCCUCAAGAACGAAAAGGGCCUGGCCAAGCAGAUGUACCCCAGUGUUCCUGUGGUGGACAGUGAGCUCUUCCAACUCAGCAUGCGUCUCUUCAAGAAGACUGUAGCCGCCGCCAGAAGCAACCAGCCCCCGUUGGGGCCCCCAGCAGGCCCAGAGAAGGCCGACAAGGGGCCACCGGGGUUGGUACCGGCAGCUUCACCGGUAGCCAAGCCCAGUACACCACAGCCCCCCGAGAUGUGUGUCUCCUGAGAGCGUGCGGGGCUUAUGGGUAAAAACAAACGCUGCAUGAUGAAACUGACCUGUGAUCAGAAAUUGAAUCAGCUCUGACUACUAAGCCUGCUCUGAGUCCCUGCCCCCUAACUCUAAACCCUGCCCCCUAAUGCUAAAACCCGCCCCCCUGCUAUAGCUUUGUUAAUCACAAGGAAAAAUCUAACAAAACGCUGAAACUCUUGUCAGUCAGCAGUGCUGUCAUUAUGGAAGACUGAUCUGAUCCGCAAGUACUGUACUGCUUCUACCAUAGAGACUAUUGGAGAUACUAGCCUAUGGAGGGAUUGAUAGAGGCCUUGUACAAUGUACUGUACCUUGAACUAGAAAUGACAAUGCUACAGGAAAGACAUGCAUUUUCCCGAAUAACACAGUUGUUUUUGUGCGAUUGGAUAUUUGUUGUCGGAGGGGGAUAAGUCUCCCUUUCGUAAUGCCGCUGAUUUAUUGUUUUUUGUUUCUUUUGUUGUGCAUUGGUUUUUAAGAUUAAAGUGGCUAGUUGUUCAUUUGUAA